AUGGAGACUCUGCGCUCGCGCAGCGGGAAAGAGGGGUCGCGCCGAGAGGACCCCUACGAGCGACUUAUCACCGGGGGUGUGAACGCCCACUCUGGGACUCUGGGAGGGGAUAAUGGCAAGCGGAAAAGGACCCUUCGGCGGCGACUCAAGGACGAUCAGAUUGACAUGCGCUACUUUUGGGCGUUUCUGGGGCUGUUGGCGGUGGCGGUAUUUACCUUUGCAUAUGUGAAUGCGGGCCACCCAGAGCUGCAGGCAGCGGAGGGCUCCUCAGAUCUCGACUCUUCGGCCACGCAUCGGAGCACGGCGGCCGGAGUGAAGUGGGCUUCCCUAAGCAGACUGCGAGCGCGGAGGGCAGGUUUCUGGCCGUUCGUCUCCGGCACGGGUGACGAGGACCUGGACGAGUUGGGUGACCUUAUCACGCAGAUGGAGGAGGCCAACAAGGGCUACCGUGUGACGUCAUCCCAGCUGUACUCGGAGGAGAGCCCCCUGGAAGAGGCCGAGGGGCCCGACGGGCGCACCAAUUUUGGAAUGGGGGGGAAGGAAAAGCGCACGGAAGCGGGGGGGGCGGAGACAGUGAGAAAGUUUGGGACGAAAGGUGAUGCAGUGGGGGGCAGGAACGGAGACGAGAAGAAGGACGGAUCGGUUUCGAGCGCCGGGCUGUUUUCCGGCCGGAAGAUCGCGUCCGCCGCGGAACGGGCUGUCAAGACGGAACCAUUGCGGGAUGUGACGGCCAAGAUUGAAAGCUCGCAAUAUGGGGAGGAAGAUCGGGCGGUGGAGAGCCGCGAUAUGGAAACGAACGACGAAGGGGUGGCGAGCGACCUGCGGAUCCGCGGUUCCGGCCGGAAUCCGAACGGAAGAGCGCUCGCUGGCGGGCGGAAGAAGCCGAGAACGCAGAACGAGGCGCACGCCAGGAACUUCUGGACCUCGCGCAACAUGCUCGCUCACGAGAUUAAGGACCACGUGACGUAUGAUGACGUGGCGGGGCGAGGGAAGGGGCUCAACGGGGAACCAACGGCGGGAGGCAGAAACGUGCUGUCUACCAGGGAAGAUGCUAGCAAGUUUGGCGACGUUAACGCAAACGUUGAGGAGGUGCAGAGGCCAGAAUCGGCUGUGCCGCCCAAAACGGAUUCCGUUGAUUCAUCGGAACAACUAGAGGCGGCGGUAGAGCCCCGUUCUUUGCGCGCCGCACUGGCUGAAUUGCAUAGAGCGGUUGCGUCGUUCGGAAACGGGUUUGGGCUGCCGGUCGAAGAAGCAGACCAGCUGUCAAAUCCUGCGCAGCCUGAAUCGCUGCUGGCAGGGAACGACUUCGAAACUAGACCGAGGGACGUCUUUUCCCAGAUCCGAACGGCGCUGAACCGCAACGGGGAGACAAUCCUUGUUGCGCCGAUGCGCGUCGCGUCGGAGGAGGGUUUGGGGGGUUUGGAGCUCGCGUCGCCGUCCGAUGUGGCGGCCGCGGCAGCGAAGAUGCCGCCACGUGUCCUGCACGACGCGCCGCGGCCGCGGCCCGUCAAGAAUCACGCGAAGACGCAGACAAGGACUUUCUCCUGGACGCCCCCGGCGGUUGUCGACCGGGAGAGCCUGUUUGAGGAGGGUUCCGGCGGGUUGCACGCGCUGCGGAAUCCGGCGGAAAGCACCGAGGGGAUCCCCCUGGCCGCAGAAAAAGAGUCGGGAGAAAGUGCUGAGGGAGCGUCGGCAGUCGGAGAAACGGCGGAAGACAGGUCCGGAACGGAGUCCGUUGGAACCGCAGCAGAAGAGACAAGAGCAGAAGAGGAACGAACUGGGGUAGAUGGGCCGGUAACGGAAGCGGAACGCACGGCAGCGGAAGCUGAACGGAGUGUGGAGGAGCGGUUCGCAAAGGCGAGGGCCGUGCGUGAUGCGGCGAGAGCAAGGGGAGCCAGCUCCGCUUAG